GAUAAUUUGUUGACUGAAAACGGUGUUGGAAGAAAUUAACGUUCAAUUCACAUCAUCUCUUCGGGUCUUCCGUCCUCGUAGACUUUAUGCUGCAAUAAUGACACCAUCAAGUUCUUACUCUUUCUACUGCCAAAGCAUGUUAGAUUUAGUAAACCAAACACAAAAAUAGAAGAAAGUCAAAGUGGAAGAUUCUGUUAUCCAAACAGAAUAUAAUUUAUUUAUUCGAUCUCUUCCUGAAUUUGCCAUAACAGAUUAUAGCACAUGAAGAUGAGGGCAGAAGGGUUCCUUAACAUGAAUACGGUAGCGGUGGUGGCGUGGUUGUUGAACUUCAACAUCGUUUUUUGUUUUGCUCAUAUUCAUGGCUUCGGGGACCAACCACUCUCCAAGAUUGCCAUUCAUAAAGCUGUUGUGUCUCUCCAUUCUGCCGCUUCCAUCACUGCCACACCGUCGCUUCUCGGUACGAAGGGUGAGGAUACCCAAUUGGUGACAGUAGAUAUUGAUUACCCAGAACCAUCUGCAGAUGAUUGGAUUGGAGUUUUCUCUCCUGCAAAGCUCAAUUCAUCAACAUGUCCACCUGUGAGUGAUCCCAGAGAAGAGAUUCCGUACAUAUGCUCAGCCCCAAUUAAGUUCAAGUUUCUGAAUUACUCCAACUCACACUAUACAAAGACAGGAAAAGGUUCUUUGAAGUUCCAGUUGAUCAAUCAACGUGCAGAUUUCUCCUUUGCUCUAUUUUCAGGAGGACUAUUAAAUCCUAAGCUUGUGGCAGUUUCCAAUUUCAUAUCAUUUGUCAAUCCUAAGGUGCCUCUAUAUCCACGACUUGCUCAGGGGAAGUCUUGGGAUGAAAUGACAGUUACCUGGACUAGUGGAUAUCACAUAAAUGAAGCUAUACCGUUUGUUGAGUGGGGUUCUGAGGGUAAAACACAAGUGCAAUCUCCUGCCGGAACAUUGACAUUUGGUCGUAACAGCAUGUGUGGUUCACCUGCACGAACUGUUGGCUGGCGUGACCCUGGUUUCAUACAUACAAGUUUUCUAAAAAACCUUUGGCCAAACUUAGUGUAUACCUAUCGAUUAGGGCAUCUACUGUCUAACGGUUCUUAUAUUUGGAGCAAGAAAUAUUCAUUUAAGUCAUCACCUUAUCCUGGACAGGACUCACUGCAACGUGUUAUCAUAUUUGGUGACAUGGGAAAGGCCGAGCGUGAUGGUUCAAAUGAGUAUAAUGCCUAUCAACCUGGUUCGCUUAACACCACUGACCAGCUCAUCAAGGAUUUAGAAAAUAUUGACAUUGUUUUCCACAUAGGAGAUAUAACUUAUGCAAACGGAUACAUCUCGCAGUGGGACCAAUUCACUGCUCAAGUGGAGCCAAUUGCAUCAACAGUACCUUACAUGAUUGCCAGUGGUAAUCACGAACGUGAUUGGCCCAACACAGGAUCCUUUUAUGACACUACAGAUUCAGGUGGCGAAUGUGGAGUUUUGGCCCAGAACAUGUUUUUUGUUCCAGCAGACAACAGAGCAAACUUUUGGUACGCGACGGAUUAUGGCAUGUUUCACUUUUGCAUAGCUGACAGUGAACAUGAUUGGAGAGAAGGAACAGAACAAUACAAAUUCAUUGAGCAUUGCCUUGCAACAGUAGACAGACAAAAACAACCCUGGUUGAUUUUUGUGGCUCAUCGUGUGCUUGGAUAUUCUUCUAAUACUUGGUAUGCCAUGGAGGGAUCAUUUGAAGAACCCAUGGGAAGGGAAAGUUUGCAGAAACUCUGGCAGAAAUAUAAAGUAGAUAUUGCAUUUUAUGGUCAUGUCCAUAACUACGAAAGGACAUGCCCCAUAUAUCAGGUAAAGAUAAUAGCCUAAUAUGUCAUGACUUUAUUUAAAUCCAAACUAACUU